AUGAGGUUCGCUACUUCGAUGGCCAGUGUGGCCUUGCUAUCUCCUCUCGUCCAGGAAGCCCUGGCCGUCAACACGUGGGAGAUCGCUUUCUGGCAAGGCAUUCAAUGUACUGGAGAAGGCACUGGCGAUCGAACAGGACCCCCGAGACCCAGAAGCGGCAGCGUCUGUGGGAAUGUCCCGGAUGUCGGCUUUACCACCACUGGUAAUUUCUUGAUCGGUCAAGGCCAAGGCUACAGCUACUAUCUCCAGCUCUUCUCCGACGACAACUGCCGAGGCAGUAACCUCGGACAGUACGACGGCAAUCCUGGUGGCAACAUUUGUUUCGAGACCAAUGCCGCGAGAUCGUACAAGAUCGUUACCAAAAGGGGCGUCAAGCGGUCCGAAGAAGUCGAAAUCCCUCCGCAGUCCUCCAAAGUGACUGACUUGGAGGUUUUCCCCAUUGAAGGACGAGGCAUUACCUCCGCCCUGGACACCGUCGAGAAGCGCGCCCGUUACACCCUUGGUCUUAUCCAAUUCGGCGUUUCCUCCACUGGAGCAUGGAUUUACAUGGCAGCCGGCAAGUGCCCGGCUACUGCCAAGGAAGAAGACGUCAACAAAACGCAAUGCGGCCUCGCAGCGACCUUUGCAGUAUUGUCGGCCUUCUUCUCCAUCUAUCAGGCACAGGGACUUUACCGCCAUGGUGCACCAGCUGAACGUCGUAUCAAGGGCCGUAGCUUGGCCAGCAUUGAUGAGAUCCUUGGCCUGCCGAAGAUGAAUACGACUGUCCUGCCCGGCAUGAGCAUCUCUAUGCACACUAUGGAGCCACACUACGAUGGUGUCGGUGAAGCCUGGCACCAGUACGGUUGGGGUGGUGUUGAUGAGAACACUGGAGAUGCUUUCCAUGCUGUCAUCAGACUUCACCCGGAUGGAAGAUCUCAGGCCAUGUCUGAAGCUCCUCAGGAGAACAGCGGGCUGGGCAAGCGCGACAGCCCGAAUGCGUACUAUUCUUGGACUGGCAACAAUAAGAGCAACUUCAACUCCGCCGACCACAGCAAGUCCGUCGUCAAGGGAACCGCUGCUAGCGUGUGGAACUAUGGAAAGAGCCACAAUGUUGCGGAGCACUGCGUUGAUUUCACCGACUAUGGUCAGAAGCCGACCAGAUACAUCGACUAUGGCUCCUUUGCCCUYGUCAACGGCGAGUACGUCGAUCAAUCCGGAACUUGCCGGCAGUGA